GAAAAGCUGGUUUACCAACCGCCGAAGAAGAAGAAACCAGCUCCAGAAGAAGAACAAGAAGAAGAAUUGUUUCCGGAAUGCGGAUUGGGGGGGGGGUAACAUACUGAAAAUAUUGCGCUGAGCAGCUACAUCAAUUAUAAGUCAUAUCAACACUUUCGGCCCCUGUUGUCUCAGAUUUGAGGAUGUCGGGACAGAAGCGUGCUGCUGACCCCUGUAGCUCGUCAUCCAGUGUGCCCCCGGAGAAACGUAGAGAGCGGGAGGUGGAAGACGGAGGUGAGGGGGCCGGAGUCGGAGUAGGAGGAAGCAGCACUGCCGUUGAGACGGUCAUCAAACUGGGAGGAGUGUCCAAUUCUGAAGAGCAAGAUGUGAAAGCCCUUAUGGUUAAGAACAGGAAAUUGGGGGAGGCCUUGGACCAGAGGCAGGUAAUUGAGGACGAGCUGAGAGAGAGGGCUGAGAAGCUGGAGACUCGCCAGGCAACUGAUGAUGCCAGUCUGCUGAUCCUCAACCGAUACUGGAACCAGUUUGAUGAGAACAUACGCCUGAUUGGCCGGCGCUAUGACCAAUCCGGAAGUGAGUCUGCUGACCUCUUGACUGGGGAAGGCCGGAGUCUGAAGCCAGAGACUCCGGAGCCUGAUGGAGACUCCAACCAAGAGAGAGUGAGAGACAGAGGCCACUCAGGUGAGGCAGCCACUUCUUUCCUUGCCACCCUGGCCAGCAGCAGCAGUGAAGAGAUGGAAGCAGAGCUGCAGGAGAGGGUGGAGGCGAGUCGGCAGCUGACCAAUCAGGUUGUGGAAAUCUACAACAGUUUGAAGGACACGGUGGAUUCCCUGGAGAAUGAGCUGGAGGCAGGUGGAGACAACAGUGUCUGGCAGGUCACCGCCCAGCUGAACACCCUUCUGGCCAAGGAAAAUGAGCGAUUGCGUCAGCUGACCAGCGAGCUUCAGCAGAGGCACAUACACAUGACCAAUGAGUGGCUUUGGUCUGCUCGUCAGUCUCGCUCUUUGGGCCGGGCCAUGACACGGGCGGAGAGCCGGGUUGGCGAGCUGCAGGUUCUGAUAGAGGAGCUCCAGUGGGACACAGAGAAGAUCCGGCGGAGGGAAAACCGGCUCAACACACACCUGGGAGAAGUGUUGGAGAGGGUGAACAGUAAAGGGUACAAGGUGUGUGGAGAGGCUAGCAGCGUGUGCGGCAGCAUCACCAUCAACAAGAGAAAGUUUGAGGAGAUGAACAGUGAGCUGGAGGAGAACAGGGAGCUGGCAGAGAAUCGGCUCAGUGAGCUGCAGAAACUGCAGCAGGACCUGCAGGCUGUAAGCCAAGAGAACAGCAACAUGAGGGUGGAGUUGUGCUCUCGGGCGGAGGAUGUGGUCAGGGAAACCUCAGAGUACCGGUGUCUGCAGUCUCAGUUCUCUGUGCUCUAUAACGAGUCUCUGGUGCUGAAAGCCCAGUUGGAUGAGACCAGAUCCCGGCUGAACACCACCAGAACUGCCAGACUCCGCCAGCUUGACCACAUGGAGAAUGACGAGGUGUCUCUUCAGAGGAAGGUUCGUACUGAAGUAAUCCAGCUGGAGGACACACUGGCGCAGGUUCGAAAAGAGUAUGAGAUGCUGAGGAUUGAGUUUGAGCAGACCCUCGCUGCCAAUGAGCAAGCAGGCCCGAUUAACAGGGAGAUGAGACACCUGAUCAGCACCCUGCAGACACACAACCAGCAAAUGAAAGGCGAGGUGGUGAAGUACAAACUGAGACUGAGAGAAGCACAGGCACAGCUGAACCAGAUUCGAGCUAUGAAGGGCAGCUCAAUACUCCAGUCACAGUCCAGCACAGAACUUGAUGUCAAGGAAGAGACUGCCUCCCCAAUUACCACAGCUCCUUUCUGUGACAUCACAGUCAAGACGGAACCUGACAAUGGCUCUGCCACCCCCACCAGCACAGGACCCUCGGUGAAGACAGAGUCUGGGACAGAGAUGGAGGGAGCAAUGAAAGAGGAGGAAAAAGAUAAAGAGAAGGAGAGAGAAAGGGAGCGAGAAAGAGAACGGGAGCGGGAGAGGGUGGCACGCGGAGCGGGGGUAGGGGGUUUGGUGAAGGAAGACAGGGAGCGGGCCAGCACCAGCAGCCAGUCUGAGGAGCCAGCAGCAGAACGUUGCACUGUGCUUGGAGGACCCAAGAGAAAGGAGGUGGAGCAGCUGAAAAUGGUCAGAGCGGAGCUGAAGAAAGCUCAGGAAUCACAGCGAGAGAUGAAACUGUUGUUGGAUAUGUACCGGUCAGCCCCUAAGGAGCAGAGAGACAAAGUGCAGCUAAUGGCAGCAGAAAAGAAAGCCAAAUCUGAGGCAGAGGAGCUGAGACAGAGGCUGAGGGACCUGGAGGAGAGGGAAAGGAGGGAGGGGAAGAAGAUGGCCGAUGAGGAGGCGCUGAGAAAGAUCCGUUCCGUAGAGGAGCAGAUCGACACGCUUAACAAGAAACUGUCUCUCGCCAAGCAGGAAGAGGACGCCUUGCUAAGCGAGAUGGAUGUGACAGGCCAGGCGUUUGAGGACAUGCAGGAGCAGAACAUUCGGCUCAUGCAGCAGCUCAGGGAGAAGGACGAUGCCAACUUCAAACUGAUGAGCGAGAGGAUCAAGUCCAACCAGAUCCACAAACUGCUGAAGGAGGAGAAGGAGGAGCUGGCUGACCAGCUGCUCACGCUCAAAACACAGGUGGACGCCCAGCUUCAGGUGGUGAGAAAGCUGGAAGAGAAGGAGCGCCUCCUACAGAACACUAUCGUUACUGCAGAGAAAGAGCUGACGCUGAGGACUCAGGCCCUGGACAUGAACAAACGCAAGGCGCAGGAGUCAGCCCAGCUCUCAGAGGAGAUCCGGGUGCAGCUGGAUGCUGUGCAGCAGAAGCUGAACGGGGUUCGAGAGGAGGUGAUUGAGAACAGCCUCUCCCGCGAGAAGGAGUCCUUCAAUGCCCGCAGGGCCCAGGAGGACAUUUCAAAGUUGAGGAGGAAACUGGAGAAAGCCAAGAAGCCAGCCGAAAACAUUCCGAACUGCGAUGAGAUUCUCAACGAGGAAAUUAAGGACUACAAGGCACGCCUCACCUGUCCAUGCUGUAAUUCCCGGGUGAAGGACGCAGUUCUCACAAAGUGCUUCCACGUGUUCUGCUUUGAGUGUGUAAAAACUCGGUACGACACCCGUCAGAGGAAGUGCCCCAAGUGCAAUGCCGCCUUUGGCGCCAACGACUUCCAUCGUAUUUACAUUGGAUAGGCGCCAUGGCAUGCAAUGAGUGGAAGGGGAGGUUUGGGAGAACUGGGUUGUUGAAAACGGCUUGGUAGACUGGUUACGUAUGGUAGAUUUGAUGUUUCUGAUUUUACAAAUAGAAUUAACCUCAACCCCCUGCUCCCCACUUCCCUGAGGACCACAAAAACAGGACAGAGUAACCUGAUGGAUGAUGGAUGGGGCAAAGUGUUUGUGUUUUUUUCUACUGUGCAUUAUGCGGGUGUGUAUGCUGCGGCCUCCGACACCCUCUAGGGGCCCGAGACCCCCUCCCUCAUCUUUAAAUCUCUCUGUGUCUCCAGAAGAAUCACUGCCCCCUCCCCCCCUCACCAAGCGUGGAACUCAACCCAGUCUGUAGAGAGUAGAGAGUUCAGUUGGGACAAACAAGCCUGCAUCCCUUCGACCCAAACCCACCCCAAAGUCAUAGGCCUUCAGAUUUUAAGGAAAGCAUGGUUCACACAUCCAACAGAAAGACUAAAGCAGGCAGUUCACAGAUCAGGUCCUUGUUGAUCAUGUUAAACUGGGAGACUGAUGAUUUUUGAUGGUUUUUAGGUCUGUGACUGUACAUGUUGCUGUUGGCAAUGAUGUCCCAGCCCUGGGGAGGCAAAAUAUCCCCCCGCCUCCUUUCUAACAUCAACACGAAUAUUUGAGUGAACAGUAGUCCUGGAAACCUUGUCCAAGGAUCUAAAAGACUGGAGCUUCUACAGGGUAGACUAGUGUAACCGUGAACUGUAUCGCGCUGUCAAGUCAUUCUCUGUUUUUUUGUUUUGUUUGUAUUUUUGUUUUUAUUUACAAGCCAUUUUAAAUUCAAGGCAUCGGUUUCAGUCAAUCUGACAUAUCUGACAUUUUUUUUGAUUGCCAACUUGCAAUUAAUAAAAAAAUGGGGGUCUAAAACUA